AAAAAUUUUUACAAAAUUUUUAGUUUUCUGGGCAUGGGGGCGGGGCAGACUUAAGGCACUUAGUUUUUUCUAACCAUCUUUGCAAACAAUAUAACCUCAGAGCAGUGACCUUGGAAUUAAGGAGUUUUAAUAAGUCACCAUGUUAUUCAUUCUGUUCUUAUUUCCCGAAAAUAAAAGACAUUCAUAAUUUUUGGCAGUCUAGACCUAGAAAAGAUUAUCUAAUUACACCCAUGUGGCUUGAGCUCCCAGGGAACCCAUCCGAAGUGGGUCUCUGUUAUGAAGAUAUUCUGUGUCACACAGGAUGGUGUUGACGAGGUCCUAACAAUUUGCAUUUUUAAGUGAUUGAGGGGCUGGGGAGAUAAAUCAGUGGGUACAAUGGCUGCCAUGUAAGUGUAGGGACCCAGCUUUGGGUUCCCAGUAGCCACUAAACAGUUUGGUGUGGAGGCCGGUGCCUGCAGUCUUGGCACCGGGGCAGCCGCAGUGACUGGAGGCUCUUUGGAAGCCUUUGACAGGUCAACCCAGCUUCAUGAGGGAGUGGCAGGUUCAGUGAGAGACCCUGUCUCAAAAAACUAAGGGGGGAGUGAUUGAGGAGGCUACCUGAGGUGGACCUCUGGCCUCCACAACCAUGUGUCAUGUACACGUGUACCCUUACACAUGUUAACACAUACACACAAGCACAAAAUGGAUUCUGCCUCAUUGUCAUUAAGAUUUAUAAUGAGAUUUCAGUAUCAGUGGAUUUAGCUGUGAUUUUCUGACUAAAUUUUUAACAAGAGUAUAGGAUCCUCCCUCCACAGACCUUGGCUUAAUAUAGAAUUCCAUAUUAUGACCAGAAGGAAACGGUAUGUCUAUAUUUUACGGAGGAGGUGCUGGUUCAUUUUGAGCAACAGCAUGGACUAGUCACCUGGGAAGAGUAAACCUCAGUUGAGAAAUUAUGAGAAUGAUUGCCCCGCAUGUGUGUCUGUGGGGGCAUUUCCUUAACCACUAACUGAUGUAGGACGGCCCAUCCCCCUGUGGGCGGUACCAUCCUUAGGCAGGUGGGUCUAGGCAAUAUAAGAGAUACAGCUAAUCAAGCCAGAGGACGCAACUCAGGCAGCCAUGGUCUCUGCUUCCGUUUCUGCCUCCGGGUGUUUUCCUUGAGCUCCUGCCCUGACUGGACUGUGGCAUGGAAGUGUAAGCCAAACCAACCGUUUCCUCCCCAAUCGCUUGUCACAGCAACAGAAACCCAACCGGAGCCGAGGGGAGCACGGAGUGGGGCAUGCAGAGAAAUGUCAGUUUGCUCCUUUCUGCCAGCCAUUCCCACCAUGUGUUGUGUUCUCGUGUUCCUGGCUCCGAGGAAAUUGAAAAUACCCGUACUGACUGAGCCCUUCCUCUUAAAAAUGCUUAAGUUUGACUUCAAUGCCCUGGUAAAUGCAGCCGGUAAACUGGUGCAGGGACAGGUCGGAAUAGAUACAGGCGAGGUGUGGAAAAAUGCCUCCUCAUACCUGGGUAUAGACGCUGCGUUGGGAGAGGACGAGCAGCAGGUUCCAGCAUACUGGAGCAGCAUGAAAGCAUCUGUGUUGAAGCUUCAGAAGUAAGGUUCCUAUAGACCCUGAGCAGAACAGAGCGGACUCCAGCCUGCAUGAAACAGGGAUAGUUUGGGGUUCAGGCCUAUUACACUGAAUUUCUCUACUGCCACCCUUUCUACUCAAGCAAAAUCUUCAAGAAAAGAUCUGCUUGGAAGGGAGUGACUGCCUGUGGCUUUGCACUGUGAUGAAGGCGAAUGGUACUGUUUUCCAAAGAAAUUAGACCAAAACUUUCUUCUUGAGAAGAAACCAAUCCACUGUUGGCAGAGGGUAUUUCUCACCUCCCCUGUGAAAGGAAAAAAGACAACACCAGUGCCUGUGACCCAGCUGCUGAGGGAAGUUUCCAUGUUUCCAUGGUGAAGUCUCGGAGAGGCUUCCUGGGAGCAGAGCACAGUGAAUGCUAAUCCGGAGCUGCUACUGCCAGCCUAGCAAACCCACGGGGAGAUGAUUCCUCAUGAAGGGCCUGGAUCCCCUACAGAAAUCCAAUGUGACUCUCUGUUUAUCAGACUAAGAUCAGUGCCAGCCAGACAGUGAAACAGCCACCGUGGAGGGGGGACGGCGAAAAAUGAAAUCCAACCAGGAGCGGAGCAAUGAAUGCCUGCCUCCCAAGAAACGUGAGAUCCCCGCCACCAGCCGGCCCUCUGAGGAGAAGGCCGCUGCUCUGCCCAGCGACAACCACUGCGUGGAGGGUGUGGCAUGGCUCCCCAGCACCCCUGGCAGUCGCGGCCAUGGGGGUGGGCGGCUUGGGCCAGCAGGGACUUCCGGGGAGCUUGGUUUACAAGGAAUGGGUUUACAUAAAGCACUGUCCGCAGGGCUGGACUACUCCCCACCCAGUGCCCCCAGGUCAGUCCCCACAGCCACCACGCUGCCCGCAGUGUACCCUCCUCCUCAGUCAGGGACUCCGGUGUCUCCCGUGCAGUAUGCCCACCUGUCACACACCUUCCAGUUCAUCGGGUCCUCCCAGUACAGUGGGCCCUACGCUGGCUUUAUCCCUUCCCAGCUAAUCUCCCCAUCAGGCAACCCGGUCACCAGUGCGGUGGCCUCAGCUGCAGGGGCCACCACUCCCUCACAGCGCUCCCAGCUGGAGGCCUAUUCCACCCUGUUGGCCAACAUGGGCAGUCUGAGCCAGGCACCAGGACAUAAGGUCGAGCCCCCACCGCAGCAGCACCUCGGCAGGGCCGCGGGGCUCGUCGCCCCGGGGUCCCCUCCACCCACCCAGCAGAAUCAGUACAUUCAUAUUUCCGGCUCUCCACAGAGCUCUGGGCGGGCAGCAUCUCCCCCACCCAUGCCGGUCCACCUCCAUCCCCAUCAGACGAUGAUCCCGCACACACUCACCCUGGGGCCCUCGUCCCAGGUGGUCGUGCAAUACAGCGACGCUGGAGGCCACUUUGUUCCUCGAGAGUCCACCAAAAAAGCAGAAAGCAGCAGGUUGCAGCAGGCCAUGCAGGCCAAGGAAGUCCUGAAUGGGGAGAUGGAGAAGAGCCGGAGGUAUGGGGCACCGCCCUCUGUGGAGCUGAGCCUGGGAAAGGCAAGCAGCAAGUCAGUGCCUCAUCCCUAUGAAUCCAGGCAUGUGGUGGUCCACCCAAGCCCAGCGGACUACAGCAGUCGUGAUACCUCUGGGGUCCGUGGAUCUGUGAUGGUCCUGCCCAACAACAACACACCCUCAACCGACCUGGAGGCGCAGCAGGCCACACAUCGCGAGGCCUCGCCAUCCACCCUCAACGACAAGAGCAGCCUGCACUUAGGGAAGCCCAGCCACCGCUCCUACGCACUGUCCCCACACACGGUCAUUCAGACAACUCACAGUGCGUCAGAGCCUCUCCCGGUGGGCCUGCCAGCCACAGCCUUCUAUGCCGGGACUCAACCUCCGGUCAUCGGCUACCUGAGUGGCCAGCAGCAAGCGAUCACCUAUGCCGGCAGCCUGCCCCAGCACCUGGUGAUCCCAGGCACCCAGCCUCUGCUCAUCCCCGUGGGCAGCCCUGACAUGGACACAGCUGGGGCAGCCUCGGCCAUAGUCACAUCUUCGCCCCAGUUUGCUGCAGUGCCUCACACGUUUGUCACCACCGCCCUGCCCAAGAGCGAGAACUUCAACCCCGAGGCCCUGGUCACCCAGGCCGCCUACCCAGCCAUGGUGCAGGCCCAGAUCCACCUGCCGGUGGUGCAGUCGGUGGCGUCGCCUGCCACGGCACCACCCACGCUGCCGCCAUAUUUCAUGAAAGGCUCGAUCAUCCAACUGGCCAACGGGGAGCUGAAGAAGGUGGAGGACCUGAAGACAGAGGACUUCAUCCAGAGUGCAGAGAUUAGCAAUGACCUCAAGAUCGACUCCAGCACAGUGGAGAGGAUUGAGGACAGUCACAGCCCCGGUGUGGCCGUGAUACAAUUCGCCGUUGGUGAACAUCGAGCCCAGGUCAGUGUUGAAGUUUUGGUAGAGUAUCCUUUUUUUGUGUUUGGACAGGGCUGGUCGUCCUGUUGUCCUGAAAGAACCAGCCAGCUCUUUGAUCUGCCGUGUUCCAAACUCUCGGUUGGGGACGUCUGCAUCUCGCUCACCCUCAAGAACCUGAAGAACGGCUCUGUUAAAAAGGGCCAGCCUGUGGACCCUGCCAGUGUCCUGCUGAAGCACGCAAAGACCGACAGCCUGGCUGGCAGCAGACACAGAUAUGCUGAGCAAGAAAACGGAAUCAACCAGGGAGGCACCCAGGUGCUCUCUGAGAAUGGUGAACUGAAGUUUCCAGAAAAAGUAGGAUUGCCUGCAGCACCCUUCCUCACCAAAAUAGAGCCGGGCAAGCCCACAGCCGCGCGGAAGAGGAGGUGGUCGGCGCCAGAAACCCGCAAACUGGAGAAGUCGGAGGACGAGCCACCGUUGACUCUUCCCAAGCCUUCGCUCAUUCCUCAGGAGGUUAAGAUCUGCAUUGAAGGCCGAUCUAAUGUGGGCAAGUAGAGACCGUGCUGGCAGCGGAGGCCUGGGCCUCCUUUGCUGUCUGUAUCCCUAUUACUGUACUGUAGGCUAAAUAACACAGUAUUUACAUGUUAUCCUCUUACUUUAGGUUUGCGUUCUAACCUUGUCAUUAGAGUCACACAGGUGUGUCGCAGGAGACUGGUGCAUUUGCGUUGUCUGCGAGUGUCUGUUGAGGAGCUGGCGGGUAGAGGGUGGUCAUGGAGCUCCCGGGCAUCCUAGAUGGCCCUGAAUGUGGCUUUAUUAGCGCCUGCCUUCUCCAGCAGCACAGAGCCAAGGGGCAUCAGGUCUCACUGGUUUUAAGGGCAAAUUCAGUGGGAAGUGGCCUGCAAGGGUGUCUGGGUGUGUCCCUAUGAAGGGGUGCGUGGGUGCCAUGGUGGUGAGUGAUGGUCUCUCUUUCUCUGCAUCCCUCUUCCUUGCUUGCUCACUCUCAGCAUGGGAUUGGGGGACCUGGGUUUCCUACAUGCAAAGUCAUCCUCAGGAACCCAGCUUUAAGGCAUCAUAGGGAGGCAUCAGAUGGCAGACGGGAAACUAGUUUCAAAGAAUGUGGUUCUCUCCAACAUAUUUUACAGUACAAAGCAACAUAUAUAUACAUACACACACACAGCCUCCCAUGGGGUCUGACUGCACUGAGAUUUUUUUUUAGGAGCAGCUGCCACUCGUGGAAUUUCAUUUCUGCCUUACCAGCCCAGUGACGUCACCAGGUGUCAUGGUGGGCAGGGAAGUCCUUGCUCACGUCACUCCUGGUCAGGCAAGUGGCAGUGGGGCUGGGGACAGAGGAGCACUGGUUUCUGUGCAGUGCUAGGGAAACCAAUCAGGUUAUUUGCAUUGACUUUUGCUCCCAGGAAGAAAAUGCACGGUCCCCCCUGAGAGAGCCAGGCAGCUCUCAGAGCUGAGCCCGCAGCUUCUUUUCCGUCUUUCAGGUAUAGUACUGUUUCUAGUUCAUGACUAUGGACAACUCCGGUGCCGCUUCUUUUUUUCUCAAUCCCAGCGUGACACGGUGAGGAAUUAGAUCUGGAGGACACACGCCUGUUACUAUCUCUUAAGCAGUUAAAAAUGACAUGCAGACCUCUUAAUCAAACAUCUUGGUCUGUCAUUCGACAAGUACUGUAUCUAACUUCAGCUCUGCAGGAUGGCUCACAAGCUAGCAAUCACAAGCUCCAGUCUGGUUUAAAGGGAUGAAUGUGACUUAUGAACUAGUAUGUGACAAUAGAUGACCACCAAGUACUAUGGCAGGCACUUGUCACUUUGAUGUUGGAGAAAAAGUUUUUUGCAUAUGCAGACCUGGCAGAGAAACUGAGAAACACACAGGGAGGAAAAGACACUCGUUUUUGUCCAGUGUUUUUAGAGUGAACUCCUAAAGAACUUUGCAAUUUGCACAUCUUGAGUUUAUAAUUUGUGUGAUAUUCCUGCAGUUUUUAUCUGAUAACAUUGUGGGAAAGGUUUGGGGGUGGUGAAUGAGCAUAAAUAAAUGUAGCAAAAUUACUUUCUAACCUGCCUAGACACUAGGCCAUUCUUAAAAGGUUCUGUUCCUUUCAGAUUCAUUUUGUCACCUGCCACAUCUGUCGUGAGAAGCCAGAUCUGAGAGUUUUUUUCAGAUCCACUGAGAGUUUUCCAUAUAGACAUUUUAUACAUGUGAGCAAGUGUUUUGUUUUGUUUCUGGAAAAAAAGUGUUAAUGUUAUUUUUCAGAAUGACUUUUUUUUUCUAUUUGAAAUCAAACCAUGAUUUAAUGUUUGGUACAAAAACCCAGAAAGGGUAUUUCACAAAGUCACAAGCUUUCAUUCCCAGAGAUCAAAAUAGCAUUUGUGGGUUCUGAGUGUAUCUUAAAGUGCUUUAAACCAAGUUUUAUAAAUAGAGAGAAGUUCUUAAAUAUUCUCACUUGGUUGCAACUAACACAAAUACGUACUUAUUAGACUUUCCUUUAACCAUUCAAAAACAAAAAGGACUCUUCCAUUUCUCAAAUUAGAAAAAGGAGACCUCUCCUCCCUCAUACAUACAACCCAAAUGUUGGCUAUCUGGUCUUCAUUCACAGUGGCUCUAAUUGGGACUAAUGAGUUUUUGUUUUUUUUCUGGGAUGUACCAAAAACCUUUGAGUAGGUUCAGAAUAGUGGCCUCUCUCUAAAUGUCAUUACCCUGUCAGCAUGCUAGCAGAGCUGGGUGGGCCCAUUCUUGCAGUCACAUUGCUUAUUUAGUGCUGUGAUUUUUUUUUAAUGUUUCUGAUCAGAGACCUUGCUUAAUCUUCCAUAUAUUCUGCUCAGGGCACUUAUUGGGUUUUUGGUCUUUCUUUCUUUUUUUCUUUCUUUCUUUUUUAACCUUUGAUGGUGAGAAGAAUAGGAGGCUGCCACAGGGGUGCUGUGUGGCACUAUUUACAGUAGCUCCUGGGAGCUCAGAAAACACACACACACCACUUUCUGGCUAACUUAGAGGAUUGAACGGACUGUAUCCAUUAAACCGACACUAAAAUAGGUAAACACACAGUUCAGAGCAAUAGGAAUAUAAUAACUUUUGUGGUUCUAUUUCAGGUAUAGGAAUUAUAAAAAUCAUUGGUUCUUCUAAAGCCUUUGUCCCAUUUCAUCCUCUCACUCUCUUAGCAUGUGCAAUACUUUGUGUGCCAACAGUACGCUAUCUAGUUAAAGUUCAUUCCCUUUUGGCUUUUUCCCUGUUCUGUGGGUCGACCUUCCUUCCCCUUGCUGGCCAGAAAAGGCUGGAGAGAAGGAGCCAGGAGAGGCGAACCUCCUUGCUUUUCCUUAUUGUGGAUGUGGAGUACUGGGGUAGGGAACCUCUGUGUCUAUCACCAGGACACAGAGCCAGCCAGCCAAGGAGACCAGAGGGAAGUUCUGCGAAGGCCCAAACUCUGCACUCUGCGAAAGCCCUUCACUCUAGUGCACCUGGAAUACGGCAAUGAGGCAGAUGGUUCCUAAACAUGCUCUGGAGCAGUGUGGGCAGGAGUCAACCCGUUUUUCAGUCUCUUCUGUGUGCGUGAGACUUUGAUCUCUGCCUUUGAGCACAAACAACUUAUUGCCUAUGUGCGUGUGUUCGGAGCAUGCCCACCAGUGGCUUUGGAGGGGACCACCUGGCAACCACAGUCACCAUUCCCUUGUGACAGCUUUCUCUUGAAAUAGGAAGAGCACACAGAGGCAGGAGCCACCUCUGGUUUGCGGACACUGGUGGGGCCCGCCAGGCUCCUGGAGCAGCAGCGGUCACCCUUCUGUGUAGGGAGCACAGUAAUGACUGUGCCAUCAGCGUACAAGGAUCAGCCACGCGCCUCUGUACCUGCUCUCUUUGCAAUAUUUACCAACAGCUGUCUUUCAUUCUCCUCUUUCCUGCUUCCCAUUUUAAAACAAAUAGCAGCAGGCCUUUUGCGUUUACAAUGGAACACAAUCACCAAGAAAUUAGUCAGGGCAAAAAGAAAACAUAGUAAUAUUACUAAUAAGAAACCAACAAACAAGAACCUCUCUUUAUAGGGAUUUCUAAAUAUAUAAAAUGACUGUUCCUUAGAAUGUUUAACUUUAGAAUUAUUUUCAGUUUGUCUGGGCCAACUUGGGGUCAGCUGGGAUGGGGUAGGGAUUGGGGAGAGAAGGCCAUGGAUGCCACGUACCUCAACUCUUUUAAAAGUGGAAAUCCAAAUUGCAUUUUUUAUUUUUUUGGACUUGCAGGAUAAUCAUCUACGUUGGUCACAUUUUGCUUUUCUCGAUUCUUCCAGCUCAGUUUGGGAUGGCCUGAUUUUUUGUGGUGGUGGUGGUGGUGGUGGCAACAGAAUGUCCUUAACUCUGAAUCCUGACCUUGUAUGUUUUCUGUUAGGUGAGCUUGUUGGGUCCCUUCCCCCCCUUACCCCCACCAGGAAGUGGCAGCAUCCUUCCUUCUCCCCUGCAAGGAACUCUGCGGAACCUUUCGCACCUCUUACUCAGGGAUGGGGCUGGUGUGUGUGUGGAACACAGAUAAGUGUUCAGCAACAGCACUUUGGACUGCUCUGGAGUAGGGUUGUACAAUUUCAAGGGAUGUUUGGAUCUCCCUGCAUCGUGUGGAUUGCUCCUUAGCUACUGCACAGAUUGCAAUAUAUAAUGCUGCACGUUCAAGGUGAACAGUAGCUCCUAGUGAUCAGAAAAAUCCACUCUUUGCACAUAGUUUGAUCUUUACUGAAAUAUGUUGCCAAAAUCUGUUUUUGUUGUAGCUUUGGGUUUUUCUUUUUUUUUUUAAGGAAACAAUUGGCAAUGCCCUUUAACAUCUGUGACUACUAAGGAAACCUAUUUUGUAGAUGCUUUUGAAGACACUAACACCUAUUUCAGACAUGGGUGAGGAGGCAAAGCUCUUGGGAUAGAAAGCCAGACUUUUUGAGUUGGGUUGGUUGGCAUGGCAACUGUUUCCUGAGCCACAAGCAGCUCAACAAACUGGUCUGUUCUCUCCUGGAAACCUUCUGCACGUCCAGUUUCCUAGUCAGCCCCCUUUGACUCCAGGGGAAUACAGGGCCUCAGUCUCCAGGGCCCAAUCCAGUUUCUUUGGUGGUUGAGAUGAAAGGCAAGAGAAUUAUACUUUGUUAUUUUUUUAAAGUGGAGCAAAGGCCUUUGCUUCCAUGGUUGUGUUUUGAACCCAGAAUUUCUGAAAUAGAGAAUUUAAGGAAAAAUGGAGUAAUAACUAUAGAGAAUCUACUUUUUUAUAAAGCACAUGCAUAUAACCUGUUGUGUUGGGUUGGUUUCCUCCCUUUUCCGUGGACAGUGCUGUAUUUCUGUUCCUAUGGCAACUCCAAACAGUUUGCACAUCUCUACUCUGGAGCUGAGAUUCUUUUCACAUAGAUGACCUCGCUUCAAAUGUUACCUUACUGAUAGGCUUUUUCUUGUAGCACUUACCUUGUGGGAAGUUUUCUGUUUUGUUUUCUUUAAAGUACACCUAAUCUGAGCAGCCAAGGGGAGGGGGGUAUUUUUUUUUGAGGCACUCAUUUUGGGCAGUACAGAUAAUUUUUUUAAAAAAAUUGCACAAAAGAAAAAUGAAUGUUGAGAUGAUUCAUUCAGUGUUUGAAAGAGACAGAUCUGUUGAAACCAUGAGUUUCAUAUUUUGUGUGUAAAAAAAAAACAAAACAGAGGAGGGUUGAAAGUUACAUGUUUUGGGGUUUUAUUUUUCUUGUAUAUAGAAAUUUGUCGUCUUGAUGAUCAAAUCUGUAUGGUUAUGGCCUGGAAGAAUUAUGACGUCAGAGGCUCUUCAACUAUACUAUACCUAUGCUUACUGUUUCUGUUUUUGUUACAUGCGGCUCUUGUGUGAAGGAUGGGAAACUGUAUUCCACUAUUUGAGGAUACUGUCCAUUCCUAGGCCGGAAGUACUUCUCCAAGUUCCCUUCUUAAGCCAUUGCAACUUCUUUUCUUUGGAUGAUGUCCGACAUUUUCAGCACUUCCUGUCCCUAUAAACCCAAAGAAUAUAAUCCUGGACAUGAAGUGUUUCUAUAAGGGAUCCUCCUUCCCAGUAAGUCAGGACUCAAGUGGGGACAAAACAAAAAAAUGAGCUUUCCUUCUGCCUCCCACCCCACACCUCAUUUACACGGGGGUAAAACAUCAAUUUCAACUUGAAUGCCUGGUUUUUGUUGGGAUGUUUCUCAAGUAGAGGCCAGAAGAAAUGCAGUGCGGUUUCUCAGAGUUAGACUCCUGUUCAAUAGCGGAGCUGGGUGGUUCCAACUGGACAGUUUAGGGGCUGCAAACAGAUCCUAGCUUUGCCUCUGAAAGUGGGGUUUGCAUCCCCUCCCCCUCUGCACAAUUUCUUGUAUCUGACAUUCAUCUUGACAAAGGCAGGAGGGGGAUGGUGGCUUCAGCUUUUUACAGCCUGACACUUGCAUACAGGAGUGUCACCUGUAUUCACGUGAAGUGUGUUCGGCCAAUAGGUAGCAUCUAUACAAACCAGUCCACAAGAACUUCCCUAACGCUUGAGACUUGAGUCUUCCACUGCAGAUCAUUUGGAGACCCCAUCCACUCGUGUUUUCUUGUUCCUUGGCUGUCUGGAUGGCCAAUCUGAAGGCCUAUGUGGGAAGUGCUGUUUACAGUAACCCUUACCAAGAUGACACACGUUCCCCUAGACUACCCAGCUGAGGUGACACUGUUUUAGAAUGGUUGUCUUGAAAGAUCAGUUACCAAGAAGGAUGGUGCAUAGGUUUCUCUCGGUUCUUACAUGAGCUACCUACUCUUUAGUUAGUCUCUAGACCAAGAGUGGGAUGAACUGUUGAUUCAGUGAUGUAACCCUGACAACCUACCACAGUCCUGAUCUACUCUGUGACUACUGUCCUCCCCCAGACCCACACUGCUCAAGUGUAAUCCCAGCUGGUAUCAACUGAAAGGGAGUUGCAGGGGAGUCCUGUCAGUAUUUGUGGUGGCCUUUUAAUAAGACAGUCUUCAUCUCUAACCAGUAGAGUCUUGGCCCUAAAGAACCUGAUAUCUGAACCAGUAAAGGUUUUCACACCAGGUUCCCAAACCCUCCGAUUUCCACCCAAAUGCCUCCCACAGGCCAAGGGGAAACAGACACCAAAACUUGGGCUGAGGUUACUAUCAUGUGGAGAACUAGGGAAAAAAAGUUUUUUGCACCUUAUUGAAAAGAAACUUUUAAGUGCAUACAUAGUUAAGAGCUUUUAUUGUGACAGGAGAACUUUUCCACAUGCGUGCAUACUCUCUGUAAUUCCAGUGUAAAAUGUUGUACUUGCACUAGCUUUUUUAAAACAAAUAUUAAAAAAUGGAAGAAUUCAUAUUCUAUUUUCUAAUCGUGGUGUGUCUAUUUGUAGGAUACACUCAAGUCUGUUUAUUGAAUUUUAUGGUCCCUUUCUUUGAUGGUGCUUGCAGGUUUUCUAGGUAGAAAUUAUUUCAUUAUUAUAAUAAAACAAUGUUUGAUUCAAAAUUUGAACAAAAUUGUUUUAAAUAAAUCGUCUGUAUACCAGUACAAGUUUAUUGUAUAAUACUCGUACUAAUAAUAAAAUAACAGUGCCAAUUGCAAA